CUUCCCGCCCCGGCAAUGUACAGCCUGCUGGAGACUGAGCUCAAGAACCCGGUGGGGCCACCCACCCCAGCAGCGGGCACAGGCGGCCCCGCAGCCCCCGGCGGCGCAGGCAAGAAUAGCGCGAACGCAGCCGGCGGCGCGAACGCAGGCGGCGGCAGCAGCAGUGGCGCAAGCGGCGGUGGCGGGGGCAGCGACCAGGACCGCGUGAAGCGGCCCAUGAACGCCUUCAUGGUAUGGUCCCGCGGGCAGCGGCGCAAGAUGGCCCUGGAGAACCCCAAGAUGCACAACUCUGAGAUCAGCAAACGGCUGGGCGCCGACUGGAAACUGCUGACCGACGCCGAGAAGCGACCGUUCAUCGACGAGGCCAAGCGACUGCGCGCCGUGCACAUGAAGGAGUACCCGGACUACAAGUACCGGCCACGCCGCAAGACCAAGACGCUGCUCAAGAAGGACAAGUACUCCCUGCCCGGCGGCCUGCUGCCCCCCGGCGCCGCCGCCGCAGCCGCCGCCGCAGCCGCCGCAGCCGCCGCCAGCAGCCCUGUGGGCGUGGGCCAGCGCCUGGACACGUACACACACGUGAACGGCUGGGCCAACGGCGCGUACUCGCUGGUGCAGGAGCAGCUGGGCUACGCGCAGCCCCCGAGUAUGAGCAGCCCGCCGCCGCCGCCAGCGCUGCCGCAGAUGCACCGCUACGACAUGGCCGGCCUGCAGUACAGCCCCAUGAUGCCACCCAGCGCCCAGAGCUACAUGAACGCCGCGGCCGCUGCCGCCGCCGCCUCGGGCUACGGGGCCAUGGCGCCCUCGGCCGCCGCCGCGGCCGCCGCCGCCUACGGGCAGCAGCCCGCCACCGCCGCCGCGGCCGCGGCCGCCGCGGCCGCCAUGAGCCUGGGCCCCAUGGGCUCGGUGGUGAAGUCGGAGCCCAGCUCGCCGCCGCCCGCCAUCGCGUCGCACUCACAGCGCGCGUGCCUCGGUGACCUGCGCGACAUGAUCAGCAUGUACCUGCCACCCGGCGGGGACGCGGCCGACGCCGCUUCUCCGCUGCCCGGCGGCCGCCUGCACGGCGUACACCAGCAUUACCAGGGCGCCGGGACUGCGGUCAACGGAACGGUGCCGCUGACCCACAUCUGAGCUCGGGUCGGCGAUCGGCUCCCUUCGCCCCCACCCCGCCCCGCACCCCCAAGUUGGGACGCCUUGUUGUUUAGCUUUGCUUGCCUGGGACUGUUGCCUUGUACCGAAGAUGGGGAGGACUUAAAAGUUUUGCCGUAGCUGUCGGGUUUUGUACAAAAGCAAAAAGUCAGGAGCAGCGGAAAUGGGACUUUCUAGAGCUGCCUGCCCCUCGCCGCUGCCCCUCCCUCCCCCUUUGUAGGCUGGGAAUCGCUGUGAUGUUUGCAAAGAAAAAGCAGCCCCCUCCUCCUCCCGGGUUCUUCUGUUGCAUUUGAAAAUGUUGUCGCGUUAGUUUGCCAUUAAUGGAGGAGUGAGUGAAUGGGAGAAGCGCUCUCGGGUGAGGCUGGCCUGAGAAAUGCAACGCCCCCGCCCCCAGUCGCGUUGCAUCUGUUUUCCUCGUGGGUGUUUUGGGGGCUGACCGCGCCGAGGGGCGCGGCAGCUAAAGCCAAUGUUAAUUUAUAGCCAGGUGUGCGUGUGUCUCCCGCCUCGCUGCCCCUGGCCGCGGGACAGCUUCUGUCCAGCCCGCAUUUAGGCUGUUGAGUUGGUGAUUUCUGCCGUGAACCGUUUGCUAU